CCAGAGGCUUUAUCUUGGGCUCCCUCUUGUGCUUUCCCUUCUUUUGGAAGUUUGCUUUGGCUUGCAAGUCAAGCACUGGGCACAUUCACAAUGAGGUGGAUCAUUUUUUUCUAUCUCUGCCUUCGAUCCACGUUUUAUACAUCAGCAUUUGGCCACAAUGUGACUUCUGAGGAACCCACCAAGAAUCCAAGUGAGGAGGCAACAUCAGAUGAGCUUUUGGAAGAGGACAACGUCUUGGUUCUUAACAAGAGGAAUUUCGACAAGGCCCUAGAGACCUACAAGUAUCUCCUGGUUGAGUUUUAUGCUCCUUGGUGUGGCCACUGUCAAGAGCUCGCUCCAAAAUACACCAAAGCUGCAGAAAUCUUGAAGGACAAGUCAGAAGAAGUGAGGCUGGCUAAAGUAGAUGCCACUGUAGAAACUGACCUGAGCACCGAAUUUAAUGUUAAUGGGUAUCCCACCCUGAAAUUUUUUAAAGGCGGAAACAGGACGGGCCAUAUCGAUUAUGGAGGAAAGAGGACCCAAGAUGGCUUGGUGAAGUGGAUGUUGAGACGUAUGGGGCCAGCAGCCGUUGUACUUGAUAACGUAGAAAGUGCUGAGAAGUUCACCAGCUCCCAAGAAUCUCCAGUUAUUGGUUUCUUCAAGAACCCAGAAGAUGCCGAUAUCAAAAUAUUUUAUGAAGCUGCAGAGCUUCACGAAGACUUCACUUUCGCCUUGGCACACAAUGAAAAUUUGUUUGAGAAAUUUGGCGUGACGGAAGAUACGGUCAUCUUUUUCAAAAAUUCGGAGGAAAAGCCUGAGUUUAAACCUGAUGAAGACCUUGGAUUAGACAAAGAUGAGCUGUCCAAGUUCCUCAAGAUAAACAGCAUCGAUCUGGUCACAGAGUAUAGCGCUGAGACUUCAGACAAGAUCUUUGCUGCCAAGAUCCCAAACCACUUGUUGCUGUUUAUCAAUAAGAGUGACGAUUCCCAACUGGUGCUGCUGGAACAUUUCCGCAACGCAGCGCCUGACUUUAAAGGCAAGAUCCUCUUUGUUUUUAUUGACUCCAACGGUGGCCACGCUUCAGUUCUUGAGUAUUUUGGGCUGAAAGCAUCAGACCUUCCAACCCUCCGAUUUAUUAACCUUGAGUCAGUGAAGAAGUAUGCUUUCAAUGCUCCAGAAAUCACCGAAAACACAAUCCAGACGUUCUGCAGAGGUGUCCUUGAGGGUAACGUCAAGCAAAACCUCAUGAGUGAGGAGAUCCCAGAAGAUUGGGAUAAGAAUCCAGUGAAGGUUCUAGUGGGGAAGAACUUUGAAGAGGUGGCUUAUGAUGAAACCAAGAACGUCUUUGUAGAAUUCUACGCCCCCUGGUGCUCUCACUGUAAAGAGCUGGAACCCGUCUGGGAAGAACUGGGGGAAAAGUACAAGGACCACGAAACCGUAAUCAUCGCUAAAAUAGACGCCACCGCCAACGAAAUCAAUGGCCUUAGAGUACGAGGAUUCCCCAACCUGAGGUUUUUUCCUGCAGGCCCUGAGCGCAAGAUGAUUGAAUACACAAAGGAAAGGACUGUUCAGCUGUUUUCUGCCUUCAUCGACAGUGGGGGGGUGCUGCCCGGCGAGCAAGAGAAAAAGGAUGCUGAAGCAGAGGAGAGCAAGGAAGCAGCAGAGGAUGACAAGGGAAGGGAAGAGUUAUAACCUGUAUGAUCCUGGGCUAAACAAUGGAACGAAGGGAAAGUCCCACUGGGAGCCAAUGGCUUGUGUAAAUGAUCAGCAAAUUGGUUGCCCUCCGGCUCAUGACCUGACACUCGCUCUGCCGGGGCUUAGGUACAACUAGGGUUUUUAUUCAUUUGUUGCUGUAACCAAAUCAUUUUUGACAUUAAAAGACAUUUAUUUAACAUUA